UUUCGUGACAUGACGGGCACACACCUUAAAGCAGGUGGACUGAAGCUUAAAUAGACGGACUUAUCAGAGAUGUGCAUGCACACGAUGGCUGGAAUGGAAUGGCUCAACAUCCUGACUCUGAUGAGUCUUUUAACUGCAAACUCCCAUGCUCAGCUGGAUGUAUGUGGGAUCACUCCAGUGAGAGCGAGGAUUGUUGGAGGUGAAGACGCCGAAGAAGGAAGUUGGCCUUGGCAGGCCAGUGUGCAGUUUUUUGGCAGCCAUUUUUGUGGUGGUUCUCUUAUAAACAAAGAGUGGGUGAUGUCUGCUGCCCACUGCUUCUUCAGCAAUGAUCCCUCUGGAUUGAGCGUUUCUCUUGGUCGUCUGAACCUGCAGGGCAUCAACCCAAACGAAGUGUCCAGAAUUGUUGACACAGUCAUUUUGCAUCCGGACUAUAACAGUGUUACCUUUGACAAUGACAUCGCUCUGCUUAGACUUUUGUCACCGGUCACUUUCACAGACUACAUCAGACCUGUGUGUCUGGCAGCCAGUAGCAGUAACUUCAUCAGUGGUACUGAUAGCUGGGUCACUGGUUGGGGAAGAAUCCAGGAGGGAGUGUUACUCCCCUCCCCUCAAACGCUACAAGAAGUGGAGGUUCCAGUUGUGGGAAACAAACAGUGUAACUGCCAGUAUGGUGUCGGUUCUAUUACAGACAACAUGAUCUGUGCUGGUUUACUUGAAGGAGGAAGAGAUGCGUGUCAGGGCGACUCAGGAGGUCCAAUGAUGAGCGAGCAGAAUUCAAUCUGGAUCCAAUCAGGAAUUGUCAGUUUUGGUGUUGGCUGUGCCAGACCUGAUCUGCCAGGAGUUUAUACCAGAGUGUCCCGCUACCAGUCCUGGAUCAACUCACACAUCAGUUCUGAUCAGCCAGGCUUUGUCCAGUUCAACUCCAGUGGGCUGGAUGCUGACAGCAGCUUCACAUGCUCUGGUGUUCCUCCUCUUGUUAUUCCUCCUGGUUCUGGUUCUGGUUCAGGUUCUGGUUUAGGUUCAGGUUCAGGUUCAGGUUACUCAAGUGGUGAAGGUUUGUCCCCUAAAUAACAUUUCAUUGAUUUAUUACAAUGCUUGUGUAAUUGAUAUAAUUACAGUAGGAGUCUUAACUGUUUUGCACGACAAUAAAGUGUUCUUCAAGUGUCACAGUUUGCCUAAGGCCUAAGGUAUAGCAUGGAAUGAUACAACCUGAAAGAAGUUGCAAGAGAUCUUACAGUGCUGUGUUUUCUUCACCCUUUGGGCUUGGGAACACUGUUAUUUCUUCUUGUAGGUAGUUCUCCAAAACAUUGGUGCAUGAGCAUCAGGUAUUUUGGUAUAUUUCAUAAAUCUUGACUUUGGAAACCUUCGUGUAUUCUACAAAGAGGAACUGUGCUGCUUGAUGGAGACUGGAUUGUAUUGUUGUUAUUAAAGAUAAGACCAGGGAAGAAUGAAUUACCAUUACCAUGAAUUACCAUGAAUUGAUUAACGUGUUGAAAAACUUAUUCGGGUGUUAUCAUUUAGUGGUCAAUUGUAUGUAAUAUGAACUGAACUCUGCAAUCUACUAAUAAAGGUUUCAAUCAACCAAACAA